ACAAAAACGGGUCAUUCGGAGUUUUCUUUCGUCAGUCAAGUUCCAGAUUAUCUUUGCAGUUUCGGCUAGUUAUACUCGACACUGUUUAUAUAGUUCCGCGUCACAGAAGUGUUUCUGCGAUUAAAUUCAUCACAAGCACCGAAUUUACUAUUUUUGGAGAUGUCACUCUAAAACAAAACAAAAACGAACAAAAUAUAUAUAUAAUUCCAUUUAUUGCACAACAGGAAGUUGCGAAAAAAUAUAUUGAUGAAUUAAAAUAUUUUUGACCAAUAUAUUUUUUUAGAUGUAUAAGAUUUUUAAUUCUUUGUGCAACAACACACAUUUUGUGAAAAAGAACCCGAAGCUUGGUCUUAACUACAAUAAAAGAAAGCAUUUCCUAUAAUCAAAUAUAAGGAACAUUUUGUAAAGAGUGAGGGCGAAUGAGCCCUGAGUUUAUUCUUCGAAAAUGGAGAAGGAUGCACAGCGACCAAAGAAAAAAGGACCGAAAUUCCGUAAAAAGGAAAAGAAAAAACCUACCGAUGGCAAAACUUUAGCCGAAAGGAUAAUUUCCCAAAGAGCUGCUCAGGGAAAUGGUGACGAUUCAGACUAUGGUACCACCGAAAGAAAUGACAACCAGGUGCAAGGGGGCAAGAAUUCGGAAAACAGAGAUGACUUGAGUCCAAGCAAAAGUGUUGAUAUCUCUCAUUUAACGGGCAAUGAGAAACGUUCUCCCACUCCAGAGCCGACACUCGGUGAAAAUCAUUCGGGUUCCGGCACAGACCAGAACGGCCAACAAACUCAAUCAACAAACGACGGCACAGGAACAUCUGACAAGCCUCAGGAAACAGCGAAGAAGCCUCCGUCGUCAACUUCCGAUUCCCCUCCACCGCCGCAUGCCAAGGAUGAUGCAAAUGAGUCUGAAGAGGUCAAAGACAGCAAGCAAAAAAAUCACCAAGAAGGAAGUCGUCCUGGCUCAGCCUCUUCCGCCCGCAGCCAAUCAGUCAAUAAUUCCAAAGAUAGUGAUAAGGCUACAGCAGCCUCCGAUGAAAGAUCUCAAGAAAAACAUUCAACAAAUUCUUCAGAUAACCUGCAAGUAAACGAACAAGAACAACAACAGCAACAAGGAUCACGUAGUCCGGAAAGCAGUCCCACAUCGACAGGAAAAGCAGACGAGGAGGUUGUUGCUGAUGAUGAUGAUGCCGGAAAUUCACAGACAGACACGAAAUCUAAAACAUCCGUACAAAAUUCAACCAACCGACAAAACAAUGGUGCCGAGGAUUCUAUAGAUGCAUCGAUUAAUGUAAAAGACGGCGAUUCUUCCACAGACUCCGAUGAGUUGCGAUUAACAGCCGGUUCUUCCUCUGCCGAAGUAAAUGCAAAUAGCGAAAACGAUGAUAGUUCGCUUCAAGACUCAGGGAAGACGGAAACUUCCAGAACAAAUUCUGCAGAGAAAGAUGCGUCAGCACACAUCGAAUUAGGAUCUGAUAAUUCAGAAACACCAACUAAUCAAAAUGUAGAUGCUUCUAUCCACGCAUCAACUGAGAAUAACCCUGAAGUACCUUCAGGAUCUAGCGAUGGGGGUCUUGCAGAAUCUCCAUCAUCAACGCAGCCGAAAUCUGAAGAAUCUACAGAAGGAAAAACUCCAGCAGAAUCAAAUGAUCCAAAACUGGAAAAUUCAUCAGAAGACAAGAUUGAUCAGCCAUCAGAAAACUCUGCUGCAGUAAAAAACGGAGAAUUACCAAGAUCCAACACUUUUGUGAAAGGCAGUGGAGGGGAUUCGCCAUCGGAAAAUGAUCCUGUCGCAAAAUUUGUUAAGAAAGACCUUGAUAAAAUGGAUUCUAUUGAAAUCGAUGCCUGUAUGAAGACGCUCGAAGAAAUGGUCGAUCAAAGUCUCCAGUCACUCGUGUCUGGAGACAAAGAAGAGCCUAAAGUUUUGCCAAUCAAUGAAGAAUUGAAGAAGAAAGUAUUGAGUGAAGACUUCCAGAAGAAAAUUGAUAGUUUUUUAGCCGAUCUUUGAAUCCAAUAUUAGAUUAAAGAUUCUCUUAAACAAUAAAACGGAGCAAAACAACGACAACAACAUAAAAAAAGACAUGAACAUUCUAUAUUAA